UUAAAGACAAAGCAGCCGAUGGUGAGGAGCUGCUUCUGAGUAUGGGAGCCAGGAACGGGAACUGGCUGAAUGCAGCAAGCCAGGAGGAGGACUCAGGUAAGAAAAAGAAUCAUCAGGAAAUGAGCCUGAGUUAAUCCGGAGCUGCUUUCUUCAUCACAUGCCUGUCAAGGUUGUGGACAGAAGGAAGCCAACAUUAUCCCUGGAAUGUCUCCCCACUUGGAGAACUGAGGAACAUUCAAUAGCAUUUAGCUGUGCAGUGCCUGAUUCCCAGAACAAUGAGAAUGCUCUGAAUAUGCAAGGAUUGAACAAACUCCAGCAACAAACCUCAGAAGGAAAGGAUUCCACCUGUCUGACAACUCUUGAGGGAGACUCCUGCAUGAUAACCUUGCCUUUUGGCUUUAUAAAAUGGCCAACAACAAUACCUGUGACAAGAAACGGAAAUCUUUGGCCAGCAAGUAUCUACCCAAGACCCCAGAAAAAUUCAUGAACCAUCCCGCUCCAGCAAACAGCCGUUACAAGCCUACUUGCUAUGAACAUGCUGCUAACUGUUAUACUCAUGCGUUUCUCAUUGUUCCAGCAAUCGUGGGUAGUGCCCUGCUUCACCGGCUCUCUGACGAUCGAUGGGAAAAGAUAACAGCAUGGAUGUACGGCAUUGGUCUGUGUGCACUCUUCAUCGUUUCCACAGUGUUUCACAUAAUUUCUUGGAAAAAGAGUCACCUAAGGACAAUGGAGCACUGUUUUCAUAUGUGUGACAGAAUGAUGAUCUAUAUCUUCAUUGCAGCGUCAUAUGCACCAUGGUUAAAUCUUCGUGAGCUUGGACCUCUGGCAUCCCAUAUGCGUUGGUUUAUUUGGCUAAUGGCUGCUGGAGGAGCCAUUUAUGUAUUUCUCUACCAUGAAAGGUAUAAAAUUGUGGAGCUUUUCUUCUACUUAGCGAUGGGUUUUUCCCCUGCUCUAGCAGUGACCUCCAUGAACAACACUGAUGGACUUCAAGAAGUUGCCUGGGGAGGCUUAAUUUAUUGUAUGGGAGUGAUCUUCUUCAAGAGUGAUGGGACCAUUCCAUUUGCCCAUGCCAUCUGGCAUCUGUUUGUUGCCACGGCUGCUGCGGUUCAUUAUUACGCAAUUUGGAAGUAUCUUUACAAAAGCCCUGCAGAUAUCAUCCGCCACUUAUAAUAUUACUUACACACACACACACACCCUACAACCUGCACUAUGCCUCCAACUCAGUAUUACAUGGGUAAAAGCAAUUCUGGGAAAUGGGGGACGGGAGGGGGGAAGAAAUAUUGCACAGGGGAUAAUGCACUGACUUUGAUAGUUUUCUGAACACAUUUACUGUGAACUAAAGUGACAAAAAUGUGUCCUAGGAUUGAUGUUCAUAUACCAAGUGCUCGGCACGUAAUUCUCCAAGCACUUUUUCUGUGGAAGUCUCUACUAGAAUAAAUGGGAGUCCUGCAAGAGCGUUGUAGAACUCCAGUUCAUUUCAGUGUAUUGCAUCCACUGUCGCUGCACGGCAGCUGCAAUCCAGUGGGGCUUCUGAGCCUGCUUAAAUCAGUGAGUGUAACCAUGCCUAGCUCUAGAUUGUGGCUUGAGACACAUUCUGCAUUGCUAAUAGUCUAUUCUGCAUUAACAGGGAAAACAGUGUAAAAAUGGCUGGCGGCCUGAUGUUUACAAAUUCCUUUUUAAAAAAUGUAUUUAAUGAGUUUAUUUUUUGCAACUUUAAAGAACAUAAAAUUUUUGAAACGACCGUUUUGAAUUGUGGAAGUUGAUGCAAUAGCAAAGACUUGAUUCUUUUUUUUUUAGUUGCUUUCUACCAUUUUUUCACGAACUAUUUAAUAAAAUACAAAUCAUGGAUAGAUAUGUUUAGCUUCCCCACCCACCCCCAACACUUGUACUAAUAUGACUUUUAUAUAUACAUAUAUAAAUAUAUAUAUAUUAACAAUGUUUUGUAAAAGAAUUUUAAAAGUACACACAGCUGCAGUUGUACCUACAGUGAAACUGCAAGAAACGGCUACAUUCCACAUACUGUACUGACAGAUAUACCUCUUUGAAAGGUUUUUAUUAAGUGUGAGAUUAUGAAUUUCAGAAUUGGCUCUGCUCAGCUUUAACCUAAAAACCUGCUAUCCUUCACCAUAAACUGGAUUGCCUCAUUUGGAUUUAUUUUAAGAACACAAGUAGUGCUUGCUAACAGAUGAAACCCAUCCCACAGUGCCAUUUCUAGAGGCAGUCAAAGCACUCUGGAAACCUGGUUCUAUACAGGUAGUCACAAACCUACCAGUUGCGAAGAGUAAACUUACUCUAAAGUGUCAAGUGAUUUUGCAUCACAUCAGAUACUUUGGUGCUCAAACAAUGAGGCUUAGUUUUCAAGAAACUUACCGUAGUUCCCAUUGGGUGUCAGUGGGAAGCAAGUAUCUUGGUACAUGUAUCUUUUUUCCAAAGUCUUAGUCAAAACAAUUGCUGAUAAACACCGAGCACUAAUAGCCGACGGUUUUUCACACACCCAAAUGGCCUUUUCAGGGAGGGAGGUUUGAAGAACUUGAUAUGUCUCAUCGGUCUGGGACUUAAAGUAGCAAAACUGGGCUUUACGUAAGCUGCUCUUGAGAAUCUGGGACAAUGAACUGUGGUAGCAAUUUGAUUGUAGAACAUGUGCAUUAAAUAACAAGAUGUUAGAAUCCAUUGUAAUUUGUGACUGUAGCAUGUCCCACUGUACUGUACAAUGAAUGUCUUAUAUUAAGAUUGAACUUAUUCUUUUUCUAACUUGCUCUUUUUCAUGUUGGUGUGUUUAAAACUCAAAUGGAACAUGUUGCCUUUUUCAGAUUUUACUCUGGAUAUGUUGCCUGUCAAAACAGUGGAUCUGUACUAUAGAGAUAGGGAUUCCCCCUACCCCCAAAGAUGAUGAUUAAUUUCUUCUAGACUUGCCCAUGGGUUGUUGCAUAUUUUAGAAUUGGAUGCACUUGUGUCCAUUUUGCAGGAUGGGACAAAUGCUCUGAUCAAAAGUUAGGGCACUGGAACUUCACUUCCACAAAGUAUUAGCUGGUGGUUACAAAACCGUUCUAUACCAGGGAUGCUUCCAAAACUCUGCAAGGCUCCAGGAUGCACACAGAGCUUUGGAAAAGUGGGAGUGCCACUCUUGACAGUGUUGUAUCAUCUUUGGCAUGCACCAUUGCAAGAGUUUGCUGAAGCUCCUGCAGAGUUUCUACUGAGCACUGAAAUCCCUGGUUUGGGAUCGAACAGACCUCGCUUUCUGAAUAACAUGAAGAUGAAACAGCAGAACAGAAAAUACUUACUGUGACAGUCCUAGAACAUCUGAAUGUUGUCUUUUUUUAAAUUAAUGUCUGACGUUAAUAUAUUUACCUGUUGUGGGUUCAUGUAUUCUGUUAAUGUGCAGUACUGUCAAGACCAUUAAAAUAUAUGUAAAGCUCUCUGCUUUUGUUGAAACUAGCUCAAAUUAACUCUGCUACCAUUAUGGUGACUUCUCAUGGUCUUUUUAAUGUUUGUUUUUAAGAGUAAACAGUGUUUGCUUUUUUAAAAAAAAAAAAACAAGAAUUGUACUCGCCAAAAAUAUUUUGAAUCCUGUUCAUCCCAAAAGAUUUAAAUGUGCUAGAUAAAUGCAAAUAAAGAUUUUGUGCAAUUUGGAA